AUGGAUUCUGGACAAGAAAGCACCAGUUCAAGUGACAAAGAGACUUCUAAAAGAAAAUUCGAUAUAAAAGACAAGCCAGUGUGUCUAAUAGUACUGGGAAUGGCUGGAUCCGGAAAGACAACCUUUGUGAAGAAAUUGGCACAGAAUUCUUACAAAAAUAAGUUACCCUACCUAAUAAAUCUCGAUCCAGCAUGCAAAGAAGUCCCCUACCCAGUACAUAUUGACAUCAGAGAUACAGUCAACUACAAAGCCGUAAUGAAGGAAUACAAAUUGGGACCCAAUGGAGGAAUUGUCACAGCUCUAAACCUCUUCUCCACAAAAUUUGGCAAAGUCGUGGAUCUCAUUGAGAAAGCUGGAGACAAGCACGAAUUAUGCAUUAUUGAUACUCCUGGGCAAAUUGAAGUUUUCACAUGGUCAGCUUCAGGGACAAUCAUAACAGAAGCCCUGGCAACCUCAUUCCCCACAGUGAUUGUGUAUGUUAUGGAUGUAGUUAGAUCGACAAAUCCAACAACAUUCAUGUCCAAUAUGCUCUAUGCUUGUUCCAUCCUCUACAAAGCCCGCUUACCCUUUAUCAUUGCCAUCAACAAAAUCGAUGUCCAAGAUCAUGAUUUUGCCCUGGAAUGGAUGCAAGAUUUUGAAGUGUUCCAGGAAGCACUGGAGAACCAAAAAUCCUACGUGAGCACUCUCACAAGGACAAUGUCUCUCACACUGGAUGAAUUCUACCGGGAUCUGAGGGCGUGUGGAGUAUCUUCAAUAACCGGAAUAGGAUUUGCUCAAUUGUUAGAUCACGUUAGUGAUGCAGUGAAGGAGUAUGAGAGGGAAUUCAAAGCAGAUUACAUCCGACUCCGGGAUACCAAGGAGAAGGAAAAGGAACAACUUGAGAAAGAAAAGCUCUCAAAAGCAGCUGAAGAAGGAGUUGGUACUGAAAUCCCAAUGGGAUUGAUUACCCAUUUGCCCAGUGGUCGCGAGCUGUCUGACAUUUAUCUGAAGCAUCCUGGAAAUGAAGAUUCAGAAGAUGAUGAAGGCACCGAAGAGAAACCUGUGGGAGCCACGGACGAAGAAAUGGAGGAACAGAACUUUACCAGUUUCGUCAGUCGACACAAGGAAAUACAACAAGAUAAAAAACAAAAUAAAGAUUAACGGAGCUUCUUAUUGACGGCCGGAUGUAAGAAUAAACUUUUCCUAAAUUUAUC